UCGUUGAAUAUGGCGCAUAAACGUUAGGUGGACGCGAUUUCAUACUGUAAUAGUGUCGGAUUAUUCAUAGCGACCGAACACAAUGAAAAGAUUAUCGAUUAUAAGCGAAGCCGGCGUACAAUCGAAGAUGACGUCGUACAAUCCUUCCGGAACCGAACCCGACCUGAAAGGAGAUUGGCUGAACUUUUUCCUUCUGUUAUUGCUGUACACGAUGCAAGGUUUGCCGAUCGGCAUAUCCACGGCUCUGCCGAUAAUAUUCCAAAGCAAAAAAGUUGUUUCCUACGAAGAACAGGUGAACUAUAUAAUGUAACAAUAUUAUUAUACAGUUUUUAACAUUGUGUGAUUAUGUUUUAUAGUUAUCAAUUAAUUACUAUUAUCGAUAUGGUAGGUUUGGUGUAACGGUACCAUUAAAUCGGCCGUUUAGGAAUAAUAAGUAUAAUUAUCAUCGGCAUUUAACCGUUUGAAAAUAAAUAAUAUUAUUCUACGUUUAUAUAACCCCAAAACUUUAUGUCCUACGAUGAUAACGGUAUCAUAGUACAUUGAAGAUUGAAGAUAACGUGUGAAACGCAAUGAGGUUCAAAAGAUACGUGGAAAGGGAAAAAAAAAAUUUUAUCAGUUUAAAAAAAAAACAAUUUUAAACGUUCACGUUUUUAAAUUAUACGAUUUUAUGACGUAGUGUAGUUUUAUUAUUUUUUCAUUUAAACUUUUGAUGUACUCAAUCUUACAAUAAAAGAUAACGUACGAAUUGUUUUUCGCUUUAAACCUUCGAGAUCUCGGAUAUGCGAUUGUAUUUAUUUUUUUUUAUAACUUUUUUUAAUAUUUUAGUAUUACACUGCGAGGAUCAGUAAAAAUCGUUGACGGUUGUCUAUCGUUAACAGGGUCUAAAAAUGUGUGUUUUCUGUCCCCUGAAUUACAAAUGUGUAUAUCAAGUUUUAUAACGGAUACAUUAUUAGUUUUAAUUUUAGAAAUAAUAGUACCAAAAUUGGAUUUUAAACAAAAUAUAUUUUAAUGUGUUUAUCUGAAUUUAAAUUGAUAAUAGCUUGGUCGUUAUCACUUGUAUACAAAUAUCAUAAACCUUAACUACGGUGCGGUUAAUUUAAUAUCAUAACAUGUUAAAAAUCCACAGUCGUUCUAACUUGCGACCUUGUCGGUAACAUAAGCCAUUUUUUAAGACUUUGAAUCGCUUUCCUCCUCCUUUUCCCUUCAAGUAUUACUGUCACUGACAAAGUGAAAUACACUAUUAUAGUCACCAGUUACUUAAUAAUACGUGUUAUAUUACAUCGUUUUAAUUAAUGUUAUAGGCUAUAUUCAGUUUUGUAUUAUGGCCUUAUAGCAUGAAACUCUUAUGGGCACCCAUAGUAGAUGCAUUUUAUAUACAGGCUAUAGGCAGACGAAAAUCUUGGUUCGUCCCUGUCCAAUACUCGAUGGGUAAGUAUGUAUUCUAUAACUAUUUUUUUCAUUUAUUUACAUAUAAACAUAUUAUCAAAAGUUGUUGUUUAAACUUAUUUUGAAAUUUGUACAGUUUUAGGUUUUUUUUUUUUUCAUAGAAGAAUGAUGGAUCUGAAACGUAAGACUAUGUGUGAUUAGAUGAAACGGAGAGAGGGACAAGGUGUAUUUUGUAACAUAAGUAUUUAAAUUAGGCUAAAAAGUAUAAUUUUGUAUAUGUUCGGCUAUGUUGUAUACUAGACUAAUCUCUAUCUAUGAUAUAUAAAUCCAUCUAAGAUAGAAUACGGAAUGAGUUUGUACUAAGGGUCGCGUAGGUGUUUUUUAGAACGUUUUUUUUUACUAAGAGUAUUUUUACGGAUGAUCGUGAAAGGAUGGAAAGAUGGACUGGAAUAGGAAUACCAAAAAGGAGAUGCAAUUAAGAGUGACAUGGAGAUAUCAGAAGAAUGCAUUGAUGAUGUAUGAUACCAAGUCAAGUGGUGAGUUAGCAUUAAGGUGACCCGUCUCAAAUAGAUGGAAUGAGAGGCGAAAGAUAUACCAAAUAAUUAUUGCUGUAGUAUGAAUAACAUAAUUAAUUGUCUCCUUCGCAUGCAAUUUUAAUUCAGAAUCUACCCGUUAACCUUUUUUAUAAAUUUAACUUUAGCUUUCCACAAAGACUGCAUAUAUAUAGUAUAUAUAUGUAUACUAUAUAUAUAGUUCAACUGAUCGUUUCUAUAUUUACAUAUAGAUAUACAUAUAUAAAUAUUAUACGUGUAAGAACUAAUAUUAAGAACUUGUACCUUUGUAAUGUUAAACAGGGAUAUUUUUUAUUUAUGUCGCCAACAACAUUGAUGAUUGGUUGCCUGAAUCGGGAAAACCAAACAUUAAAAUGAUAUUAUUUGUGUUUUUUGUUAGUAACUACUUUUCUGGGACUUUGGAUAUUGUUGUUGAUGGUUGGGCGUUGACUAUGUUGAGAAAGUAAGCGAUUCAAUCAUCAUAUAUUGUACAUAAUGAUAUUUUUCUCACAGAUCUUGUUCAUUGUUUUUUUUUUUUCAGAAAUAAUGUAAAUUAUGCUUCUACUUGCAACGGAACUGGAAUGGCAUUUGGAAUGUUUAUCGGUUCGAUUUGUCCAAUUUUACUCGCAUCGGAGGAUUUUUGUAAUACUUAUUUAAGAAUUAAUCCCAGCCCCGGAGGAAUGGUUACUUUCAAAAGUAUGUUAGUAAAAUAAUAUUGACAAAUAUUUAGUAAAAAAAAAAAGAACAAAUAAAUUAAUAGUUUAUUUACAAUAUCAAUAGAUUAGUUAGGUAUAUUAAUAUUGAACUUGGAUUAUAAAGCAUAAUAUGAUUAUUGUUUUUCUAUAUAAGGUAUACAACGUGUAUACAUAAAUUAUUCCUCUUGUCAUUUUAAUUCUAUAUAAAUGAAUAUUUUUUUUUAUGUAAACGCAUUUUUAUUGCUUUUUGCGAUUAUUCCAGUUGAGUCAUUUUAAUAUAUAUUUACCGUGUCAUAGUAAUAAAACAAUUUUAAUUUAAUUAAUAAGAAAUAUAAAAAAAAAAAAAAACGCUUUUUAUUUAACGUUUUUUGUAUUUUUUGAUUUUAAUAGCUAUAGGUAUUAUACUAUUCGACAGCAUAAUUUAUAAUCAGUUCGAAUUGUUUAAUUUGUAAAAUAUAAUAGUUUUCAUCAGUUUGAAUGUAUAGAUAACCAAUAAUACUUUAUAAAUAUCUUUUUAAAUGUGAAGUUAGUUUGGUUGUCUAAUUCAUAAAAAAUGUAGCAUUCAGCAACUUCAUAAUUUUACUAUGAUCUUGAAUCAAUAAUUUAUCAUUUGUAAUCAUUUUAAUUUAAGUAAAAUAUACUUAUGAUUUGUGGAACAAUGACAUUAUUUAAUCCAAGCAAACAUUCGUCCGUUUAGUUUUUAAUUUUUGUACCGUUUCGGAUCUAUUUGGAUUAUAGAGAUUGUUUUAUGAUUUUCGAAGGGGUUUUCAUAAUAAUUAGGAAAAAAUGUUUGUGAAAAACUGAGAAAUAUUUGUGACGGCUCUUUUAGAUUUGAAGCAUAACGAGCCUAGGUAGAGAUCGUGGGGGGGCUUACGGAGGCUUAGCCUCUUCAAAUGUUUAUAUAAAACUAAAAUGAUAUGUAACUAUUUUUAAUAAUAAUGAUAUGUAUACAUAUAAUACACAUUUUUACAAAAUUGAUACUUAGUGAUUACUGAUUAUUAAUUAAUAUUUUACUUUUUGAAACAUAAUUUCAGAAAUAAUUAAAUCUCAAAUUAAUAAUCCAUGCGUAUGUUUCGCAUAAAUAACUUGAAAAUUUAAUAGGAGGUCAGAUCAAAAUGAAUAGUGAUCAAAAAAAAAUUUAAUUUAAUGUAGUAUUUUUUUUUUUUUUUUAUAAAAGUUUUUUAAAAACAAAUUUUGUCAACAAUCUUAAAUACUACGACCUUUAAAAACAAGUAUAACUGGACUUCGUUCCGAAUCAAUUUUUGUUAUCAAUGGUAUAUCGUUGGUCACAGGAAUAAAUUAAAUAACUUUAUGUAUUCCACCUUCCCCAUUACCCACCUACAACAGUUUUACAUUUAAAAACACUUUGUAUAUUUAUGAAGCUAUGUAUAAAUAUUGAAAACAUAAAAAAUCACACUGGAAAUACAUUAAAUUGCACAUAUUACGCACCUCAUUAUAAUUUUAAACUUUUGUUGGAUUUAUAUUUUUAAUGUAUUUUUUUUAGGUUUUUUAUAUUUUUGGGGUGUCGUAUACAUAAUCAUAACGACAUUAGUGGGGAUUUUUAAAAAGGAAAAGGAUACCAGAUUAGAAGCUGAUCAUGUAAAAAUCAAUAUUUUUCAAAAUUAUAAACUUCUUUUGAACAUUCUAAAGUUACCUAGUAUAAGAACAUUGACAUUAGCUCUAUUAACAUCUAGGGUGAGUUUUUUUCGGCAUAAUUAAACCUUAUAUAUAAUUUAGUUAAAAUUAUUUAUGUCCAUUUAAAUGUUUAUUAUUUUAUUUAAAUACAUGUAUUCUUUCGUAACAAGUCGAAUAAUUUAAGUAUAGGUAUAUUGCUUUUAAUCUUUUCCUUUGCAAUUUCGUAUUACUAUUGAAAUUCAUUUUUUUCUUUCUUUAGAAAUGAAAAAUAUUAAUUUUUUUAUGUUAUUACAGAUUGGAUUCUCUGCCAUAGAAGCUGUGUCGAAUCUUAAAAUUAUGGACGCCGGCGUGUCCAAGGAAGACAUCACAGUGAUAGCAAUGUUUAUCGAUAUGAUACAAAUUGUCAUACCCUUUUUUAUAACUAAAUACAUCUCGGGUCCGAAACCAAUGAGUUUAUAUAUGAACAUUUUACCCAUAAAGUGAGUCGAUCGCAGUAAUUAUUAUUAGCCAGAAUACUAAUCAAGGAUGAUGGACACAGUAUAGUUAAAUGUGAAUCUAUAAAUAUCUAUUCAUUGUUUACUUGUCUAUACCCCUCGUGUUUUAUGUCUUUGUCCAUUAUGUGCGUUUAAUCGUGCCAUUUUAUCAGUACCAUAGGUCAGAAUUUUCAAGUAUAAAGUGAACAAACCACGGUUGAAAUAUCUAUAUUUAGAAUAUUGGGAACUUAGAGUGUACUCCUAAAAUAAAAUAAAAAUGUAUGGCUAAAAAUAAAAAAAACAAAAUCAAGUAAUUUACUAAAUCAAAGAUAACUUGUAUAUAGUUUUACUAUAUAAAUAUUUAUUAUACUAUAUAGUAUAGUUACUUUUGGACAGUGUUUUUUCAUCGCAUUUGAUAAUAUUAUAAUAAUACGAGACAUAGAUAUUAUUUGUUUCGCUUAUCAAUAAUUUGAUUUUUAUUUCAUUUGUCUUUAAAUCGUAUUAAAUAUUUUUAUCGAGAAGACGGGGAUUACGGGGUAGUCAAAUGGGUGGCCAGUGAAAUUUGAAAGGUAGCCCGGCCAUCCCAGGCUAUCAUUUAACUAUAUAAACAUCAUUGCCUUUAGUGUACGAUAUUCAUUAAUAUAUAAUAAUAGUAAAACUGUUUUUUAUUAUGUUUAACGGAAAUAAGAUUUUAUAAGUUGAGGGGGUUUUUCACUAUACACGAUGUGAUAUGUCAUAUGUUCGUGUUAAUUAAUGAAUCAUUUAUUUCAGGUUACUCUGGAGUAUUGUAUAUGCCUCGUUUAUUUAUUACACGCCAGUACUUAUACAAAAAAACGGAUUUUUAAAUAGAUAUUUUUCAUACAAUUUUACAUUAGGAUUCAUAUGGUCUGUAAACGACGUAAGUUGCGACAUUCAUUUUUAUAUACCCAUACAAAAAUAUAAGAUACCUAUAUUUACCAAAACCUAUUUCAUCAGUACAUAUAUUGAUUUUAAAAUUAUAAAUUUGCUCAGAAAUAACAUUCUUAAAUGUUUUAUAUUCUGAGCGUAACUUUUUUACCAUAAAUCUUAUUCCAAAAUAUACCUAAGGAUAACUGCACGAAAUAAAACAAAAAAUUGCCUAUACACGACUCCUAUGAUACGGUUGGUAGCCAAUUUCCAUAAAACGCUAUCUAAAAACUUUCAAAUUUCGAUCACAAUAAGUCAACAUUUUCAAAGAAAUCACUUGAUUGAUAAUUUACAUAAAAAAAAUGUAGGUUCUCAUUUGAAAAACCAAUGAGAAAUUGGAAAAAAAAUCUAAGCGUGCAAAAAUAAUAUCGUCUUCCACUACACUUAAAAAUCAAAAAAAAAAAAAAAAUCAUAAUUUGAAUUUGUCUAAUUUAACCAUAAAAAUAAGUUAAGCAUGCUUAAGAAAUCAUUCUGCAUAAGAAUACUACUGAAACCGUCCCAACGGUAAUAUUUUGAAUUCUCGUACAUCUAAAACAAGACGUAUAUGGAUCUAAUCCUAGUGAAUAACUUCGGAAAAUUAUCAAUAUAGAGUUGAAGGCGAAGGAAAUCAGAUAAGAAGAGUUCAGCUUGCCUACAUUGCACAUUGCCAUAAUAUUAUAUCUGACACAAAUUCACAAUAACGGAUUGAUUAAGUCAUAUUAUUUUUUGUUGUCCCUACUCUAUAGGUAUUUAACUACAUCAUGUCAAUAGCCAUUUACGCCUUUUUCUCUCGGAUAAGUGAUCCCCGUUUCGGCGGCACGUACAUGACUUUAUUAAAUACUGUCAACACCAUGGGGUUGGUCGGACCAGGUACUAUAGCGCUGAAACUCGUCGACAGUUUAACGUUUCACAAUUGUCCGACUGAAGAUCCAGACGUUUAUUAUACUACAACAAACACAAAAGACGUAAGCAAACGAAAUAAAUUAAGAAUAAGAAAAAACAAUUUACAAACCAGAUAUUUAGAGUGAUGCCAACUAAAUGUUUAGCUCAUUUUAUUUUAAAUAUUAUAUAUUUUUUAAUUGUAUAAUAUAUUUUAUUACCAUUACGCGAAUAGAAUUUUUACUCCAGGGUGCGCAUGUAACUAAUUUAAAGUCAUUGUACAUUUUCUUAAGAUGUGAAUUUUGCCAAAUUGUAUUACCUAUUAAAAUAACAAAAAAUUAUCAUUAAAAAGUUUAGAUUUUUUUCAAUCUUGAAAAACAUUGUAUUCCAUAAUUUUGUUAAGUGUUAAAAAUUGAAUAGGUAAGGGAGGCAUGAACCUAAACCAUCGUAUCGCCACUGAUGAUAAAUAUAAUUUAGAUUUUGAGCAAAGCGAUUUUUUUCUCUCUAUAAAAGUAUAAACAAUUUUUUGACCAGAAUUCUUAAUGUAAUUGUUAAUUUCUUGAGUGGUUUCUAAUAAAAAAAAACCUUUGUACUUUUCUUUACAAUUAGAACAAAUCGAAAAAGUGGGAAUAUUUAUGCAAUAACGUUUUAUAAACGUAAUACAAUUUGAGAAAUAUUCUGACGUUUUUUUUUUAAUUUCUUAGAUCUAUUAGAUAUAUAUAUAUAUAUAUAUAUAUAUAUAUAUAUAUAUUUUAUUUAUAUGUGAAUAAAAUACAUUUUAAGUAUUUGAUAAAUUUUAAAAAAUUUGAAAUAAACCGAUCCUUAUAAGUUGAUUUUAUGAUAAUAUCAAAUUAUUAAAAAUCUGUAGGCAGUAUUUAUUUAUUUAUUUUUUUUUUUUUUUAGAACCUAUUAAAGUUUAUGACACAAUUUGUAAAAAUCUCUGACAUUUCUCAUACCUUUAUUAUUUUUAGUUCGUUUUCUAAGUAGGUAUGCGAGGAAAAUUUUUUGGCUUCAUUAAAAAUGCAAGAAAAUUUAAUAUAAGUUCGCCAUAAAUUGUUACUGUGAACAAAUGUUGAGCUUAAUGUUCUAAUUUUUUUUAAACGUCUUUUUUAGGUUCAAACUUACGAUUGAAUUAGUGGAAAAAAACAUACAAUAUUAUUAUAGUUACAAAUUAUCGAAAUUAAUGACAUUUUCAAAUUCAGUUUAUCCAAAAUAGUUAUUCCAAACUUUCCUCAGAAUCGGUUUUCGUUUGCAAUAAUAAUUUUCCGUCGCAUACACCAUAUGAAAUUAAUAAUCAUAUGUAUACAUAUUUUGCAUAUCUAACUUUAUUUAUUGAACGGUUUUUUUUUCUAAUUUAGGUAUAUAAUAACGAAGAUUGUGAGUUAAUCGUCGAUGGUUAUUAUGUAGAAAUCGUUCUGUGCGUGAUCAUCGGAUUUAUUUGGUACUGUAUUUUUAACAGCAUCGUCAAAGACCUACAGUCAAGAAGCUCUUUACAUUGGAAAGUAAACGUGGAACAAACGAAAACGAAAAAUCCGUUCGUUAUGACUUCGACGUGAUAAUAUUAUCGUGUCCAAUAAGAAUAUUAUAGUAUAAAUAAAUUAUUUUGUAUAUUAUUUAUUUAUUCUAUAUUAUGUAACAUUAGAUUUCUAGAUGUUAUGUAAAAAGAAAAGAAAAUAGCUUGUGGAUUGUUCGUCUUUGGCUAUUAAAUUAUUUGUUGUUUUUUUUUUUGUAUGUUCCAUCAAUGAAUUAAGUUCGUAUACUAGGAUAGGUAAUGAUUUAUUAUUAUUGUCAAUUGAUAAUAAUUUUCGACGGACGAGUACGAACGCUUUUAUCGAACGAACUGCCCUUACUUUAGAUAAUAAUAAUCACUAAUAUAAGUUGCCGAUUUUUUGGAGGAAAAAAAUGAUUGUUUAUCGUUAUUGACACUAAUCAUAUUAUAUCUGUAAGCUAAAAAUGAAUAAAAUAGAUAUUGUAAUGGAAUAUAUAAAUGUUAUGUACAGGGCUGAUCCACUAAGCAUGCUCACUUCAUUUUUUCGGUUUAGUUUUGAAUAUGUUGGAAUUUUAAGUUAAGUUGAAGACGAUAUUUUCGAAUAUUUAGAGUUUUCACUAUAUUUAAGGAGUACCCUGUGAUGAUACCAAUUUUUUUCAAAUGAGAACCUUUGUUAGAAAUUCGAUAAAUUGAGUAAUAAUUUAAAUAAACUUUAAUAUUAUGAUUUUUGAUUUCCGUCAAACCCUUGACGAGAUAUUCGACUUUUAAGUUUCGGUUGGGAGAAAGUAGUGAAGUAUCAUUUGUGUAACGACACGGCGCACGGCGUUUUGACCGUCGCCCACAACUCUCCCCCUACCUAAAAUUUAAAGUCGAAUAUUUUGUCAACGAUUUGAGGUAAAUGAAAAAUGUUAGCACCGAAAUUUAUUUGAAUUAAUACUCCAUCUAUUUAUGGAACUUUUAAUAUAGGUUCACAUUUGAAAAACCAACGUUGGUAUCGCCAAAGGAUACUCCUUCAUUGUUGUGAAAAAUCCAAAUAUACGAAAAUAUCGUCUUCCAAUACACUUAAUAAUUCCAAAAGUUACAAUUUGAAUAUAUGCAAAAUUUAACCAAAAUAAUGGGGUGACCAAGCUUAUGAAUUAUCCUGUAUAUAUAUAUAUAUAACUAUAUAAACAGACAAUUAUUUAUCUAAAUCCAUACAUUUUUAAAUAUAUUAUAGACAUUAGUAA